GGUCCAGGUGCGCGUCUAGGCUGCGCGCCGCGCCGCGGUGUCAGUCCAGGCUGAGCCCUGGAAAGCUGUGCCCAGAUCCGGAGCCACUUCGGGGAUGCCAGCCUAGUCAGUGCCCUGCGGGCAUCCCCUGGAGGAAAUAUACUGAAGAUGGUUUCAAGAUGUAGAGUUCUUAUAUGUGAAGUAUCCCAAAUGAAGUUGAGGCAUCUCUGUUGAAUGUACUUCUUGUUGUGGAACUGAAGAGUGCCACCAGAGGAUGGUGUCAUGUGCUGUGGGUGCUUCUAAGCUUCUCUGUGGAUUUUUAAUCAUAUGAGAUCCCAUGUAACCAGAUGCACCAAGCAACACAAGCAAAUAAGGUCACAUAUGUACUCAAGAGGGUGGACAAGUCUGAAGUUUGAUUACAGUGGCUGGAGACUCUGCACGCUGAGAGUUAUGAGAUGAGGCUCUGAGAGGAAGGGUGCAAGUGACUACCACCAGCAUGAGGAGACCAAUUCAAACUGAUGAAGUGAGCGAAACAAAAUGCAGCUUUCAAGGUAUGUUUCAAGCAGUUGACUUGUGGGAUGUUGAGAGAUACCGCUGCUGUGACAUGUUGGAAUUAUCAUGAUCAACUACUCGGUUUGGAUUUCGCCCAGUGGCCAAGAGCUGUGUGUGGUAGACGGCAGGGGUUGGAUUUUUAAAAAGAGUAAACAAGCCCAGGCUGGACACAAGCUUGAAGCAAUCCUGCGGAUUCAGCCUGGCACUUGGUGAAAUAACAGGCCUUUACCACCACACCCAGCUCCCAUCAACUUCUACAUCAGGCCCGUGACCAAGGCGUAGACUAAGAAGUGGAGUCAUGCUUCACAAGGCCAUACCAUGCUGGCAGCCAUUCCUGGGUCUGGCUGUGGUGUUAAUCUGCAUGGGAUCCACCACCGGUUGUCCUGCUCGUUGUGAGUGCUCUGCCCAGAACAAAUCCGUUAGCUGCCACCGAAGGCGGUUAAUUGCCAUUCCAGAAGGCAUUCCCAUUGAAACCAAAAUCUUGGACCUCAGCAAAAACCGGUUGAAAAUCGUUAACCCUGAAGAGUUCAUAUCAUACCCGCUGUUGGAGGAGAUAGACCUGAGUGACAACAUUAUCACCAAUGUGGAGCCAGGAGCUUUCAACAAUCUAUUUAACCUGCGUUCCCUCCGCCUAAAAGGCAAUCGUCUGAAGUUGGUCCCUUUAGGAGUGUUCACAGGGCUGUCCAACCUCACCAAGCUCGACAUUAGUGAGAAUAAGAUUGUCAUUUUACUAGAUUACAUGUUCCAGGAUCUACAUAACCUGAAGUCUUUAGAGGUGGGGGACAAUGAUUUGGUUUAUAUAUCACACAGGGCCUUCAGCGGGCUCCUUAGCUUGGAGCAGCUCACCCUGGAGAAAUGCAAUCUAACAGCAGUACCGACAGAAGCCCUUUCCCACCUCCACAGCCUCAUCAGCCUGCAUCUCAAGCAUCUAAAUAUCAACAAUAUGCCUGUGUAUGCCUUUAAAAGAUUGUUCCACCUCAAACACCUAGAGAUUGACUAUUGGCCCUUGCUGGAUAUGAUGCCUGCCAAUAGCCUCUAUGGCCUCAACCUCACAUCCCUUUCCAUCACUAACACCAACCUGUCCACUGUACCCUUCCUUGCCUUUAAACACCUGGUCUACCUGACCCACCUGAACCUCUCCUACAAUCCCAUCAGCACUAUUGAAGCAGGCAUGUUCUCUAACCUGAUCCGCCUCCAGGAGCUUCAUAUAGUGGGGGCCCAGCUCCGCACCAUUGAACCGCACUCCUUUCAAGGGCUCCGCUAUCUUCGUGUGCUCAACGUGUCUCAGAACCUGCUGGAAACUUUGGAAGAGAAUGUCUUCUCCUCCCCGCGGGCUUUGGAGGUUCUGAGCAUCAGUAACAAUCCACUAGCCUGCGACUGCCGACUCCUCUGGCUCCUGCAGCGACAGGCCACCUUGCAGUUUGGCGGCCAGCAGCCGAUGUGUGCCGGGCCAGACACCAUCCGUGAGAGGUCAUUCAAGGAUUUCCAUAGCACUGCCCUUUCUUUUUAUUUUACCUGCAAAAAACCCAAAAUCCGUGAGAAGAAGUUACAGCAUCUGCUAGUGGAUGAAGGGCAGACGGUCCAGCUGGAAUGCAAUGCUGACGGAGACCCGCAGCCUGUGAUUUCCUGGGUGACACCCCGAAGGCGUUUCAUCACCACUAAGUCUAAUGGAAGGGCCACUGUGUUGGGUGAUGGUACUUUGGAAAUCCGCUUCGCCCAGGAUCAAGACAGUGGGGUGUAUGUUUGCAUCGCUAGCAAUGCUGCUGGCAAUGACACCUUCACAGCGUCCUUAACUGUGAAAGGAUUCACGUCAGACCGUUUCCUUUAUGCAAACAGGACCCCUAUGUACAUGACCGACUCCAAUGACACCAUUUCCAAUGGCACCAAUGCCAAUACUUUUUCCCUGGACCUUAAAACAAUACUGGUAUCCACAGCCAUGGGCUGUUUCACAUUCCUGGGAGUGGUUUUAUUUUGUUUUCUCCUCCUUUUCGUGUGGAGCCGAGGGAAAGGCAAGCACAAAAACAGCAUUGACCUGGAGUAUGUGCCCCGAAAAAACAAUGGUGCUGUUGUGGAAGGGGAGGUGGCUGGACCCAGGAGGUUCAACAUGAAAAUGAUUUGAGGGGUCCCCACUCACACUACUGUCUCUGUGUCACUGUUCGUAAUGAGUAGGACAGUCUGGCACAGUAAGUCGUGAGGCUAUGAGGCAGAUGCUCCUGUGUCAAAGCAGGGUCCGGUGGAACCAGGAAAACAUCCCAUGGAGACUCUCGACCUAGAGGCAGGCAGGCAUGUGUCAGAGCCCUUCACACAAUGGAAUACUAAUUGUUUGCUUUGCAAAUAUGGGCAUUCUGGGGAUCUCAGUAAUGAACCUGAACCUUUGGCUCAUGCUCAUGGACAAUAAUCCAACAUUUUCUACCACUGCAAAAACACAAGAAAAAAAAAAAAGAGAACAACCUACAGUGUAGGAUUUACAUAUUUAAAAGACACAUUUGUCUAAAACAUACUCUACAGAAAAAAUAUUUGUAUUUAUGAUUAUCAUUUGUUAAAACCUUGCAUCAUACCAUAUUGUUGGUUCAGCACCAAAAAGAAAUCAAUAUAUUCUUUUUUUGAAACAUAUAUGCUGUAUAUGUUUUAAAGCAAUAUGAAUGAGAGGUUGUGCUUUUAGUUAUUCACCACUAUAGAUCCCAGUGUGGUUUCACCUUCCUUUUACCCACAAAUAAGCCUGAGACCAGAUCCUUGGAGUUAUGGGCAGAGAUGUGUUGAGAGAUGUGUAUGUCUGAUGUAGGAUGCCAAGAAACAGGACCCAAGUCAAAACUGCUCAACUCUGUUAACUUGUUACUAUAAAUAAAGGCAUGUGCCUAGUUUUGAUACAGAA